AGUGUAGCCCCAGCAGUGCCACCUGUCAGUGCCCAUCAAUGCCACCUGUCAGUGCCCAUCAGUGCCACCUAUCAGUGCCAGUCAGUGUCACCUAUCAAUGCCAGUCAGUGCUGCCAAUCAGUGCCACCUAUCAGUGCCCGUCAAUGCCGCCUAUCAGUGCCGCCUAACAGUGCCAGUCAGUGCCACCUAACAGUGCCAGUCAGUGCCGCCUAUCAGUGCCAGUCAGUGCCACCUAUAAGUGCCGCCUAUCAGUG